AUGGCUCGAGGGGUUGCCUGGAUAUCCGUGCGGAUCUUAUUCAUGUUUAAUCCAACGGUGCACAAUGUCCUAUCGAGCAAGGUUGUGGGGCAACGCAAUAGGUUGGCUGAUGAAGCAGAAGAGGUGGUUUCGUGGGCAGAAAUUUUUGAAAAAUUGGCUCCUACUUUGUGUCGUGCAUGCAGCAACAUGUUAGUCUUCUUGUUUCCACCUGAAUUGGGCAUCCCAAAUCCUGAACCGGAUGGUGUCACCAGUGGAAAUGGGCUUGAAGGAGGUGUCUUCCCAGAUGAAGAUGAUGGAGUACCAGGAGCCUUACAGGAUGGUCCAAUUCCUGAGAAGCAAUCAUCCCUUGAAAAGAAAACGGCAAAAAUAUCAACAUUUUAA